CCACGCGAAUGUUGGUGCAGGUACUUCGAAAUAGAUAAAAGCGCGUAUGUACGUGCAUUCAAAGGACGAAGUUUAUUUAAAGACAGUAUUGGUGGCAAUGCACUGAUAGAAGGGGUUGCAGUUAUGAUAGACUACGAAGGACAGGAAUAUCAGGCUGACAUGCAGGCUACAAUAAUCAAACUCAAUGGUAAGAGUUCUUUCAAUAUAUUAUAAAUAGUUGCUUUUUUCUAUAAUUAUAUUGUUAUUAUAAAUGCGUGCAUGAUAUAGCUCGAUAUAAUUAAGGAUUGAGUAAUAAGAUACAAUACGUCUUCGAGCUUUCCCAUUGUAUUGCUUCCCAACCUUCUGAAUACAUUUAAAAUCGCAAAAAUCUUGUUGAUUCUGAUUUUUAAAAUACAGUACUUGCACUCGGCAAAGUCUUCGGGUUCCGCCGUGAGUUGCGCUCAAGCCUUACUUCGCCCACACAACCGUCGUUAUUGGAAAUACUGAUCAACCGAUGCAUCCCUUCAAAGUCAACAACAAAACCAACUUACUCCAAAGAUCCACUGACUGUAGCAAAUGAGUUUAACAAAUAGUUUUCUUCUGUAGGGUCAUUGACUUUCCCAAAAAGUCACUCAAUUGACGUUAGACCACAACAUUGAUAUAUCAAACUCAUAUUCUGAUCACAGUCAAUGUCCAGAUGGAGAACAAUUUAACUUCCGAAGGGUUUCUUGUUACGAUGUUCAGAAAGUAGUUUUGUCCAUGCCAUCUAAUAAAUCGUCAUGCAGGCAUUGAACUGAUAUCAGUGCAAGUCCUUAAAGAUAGUUUGCCUAUUAUUCUUCCCGUCUUAACUGGUAUAAUUAAUUGUUCUCUCACUACUUCAAUAUUCCCUGCAAUAUUCUCUCACCACUUAUUUAACUAAAAUCAGGCCUAUCCUUGAAUAUUGUUCUCCAGUGUUGUGGGGUGGUCUGCCACGAUAUCUAAAGGACGAAUUGGAACGUGUGCAAAGGAGGAGUCUACGAAUUAUUGGCCUCCCGCAUGGUUACCUGCCAACUCUCGAAGAGAGAAGAAUUGAAGCCACAUCGAGAGAACUCGAUACUAUCUUACGUGAUCCAAGUCAUAUCUUUUAUCAACGAACUAUGGAACAUAAUAAACAUAACUAUAAUCUUAGGCAUAGAGACGGUAUAUUUAAAUACGCACCUUUUUCAGGCACUGAACGACACAGAAAUAGUUUUAUCCUAGCCUAGUUCCUCGGCCUUUUCGCUUGCGCCUGAUUAUUAAGGGUGAUUUUUUAGAGGCAUGCGGGUUGACCGGGAUUUUUUGGAGACUGGGGUGCAGCCUGCAAAUUCCAUGAAGCCUGUAACUCGCCCGCGGGUGGAAGGCCGAGGAACUAGGCUAGUUUUAUCCCACGAGCAAUGAGGCAGCUAGGGGUUGCAUUAAAACUUAACUUGGUUUUUAUAAACUUUUUACUAAUUUCCUAGACUUUUAAAUUUUUACUCCAAAUUGUAUAUAUAAAAAUUUCCGAUAGUUUGUAAAUAUUAUUGCAUGCCUAUAGUUAUGCUCCUCUCUUUUAAUAGAGAUUAUUGUAAAUCCAUUGUAUUGUUAAACUAAAGAUGGAUCAAUAAAAUCAUCAUCAUCAUCAUGCCUGGAAGCGCUGGAAGAAAUCAGUCUUAAUUCCGUUACAGAAGGAAGGCGAUCAUGCAUGCAUGAAAUAGCAAGCAACAAUAGUCCUCUGUCACUGUUAGUAGUUGCCUCGAAGGUAUGCGAAAAUAUUGCUUUAAAUCAAUUCGAGGGAGAGUUAAAAUCGUUUGGUAGGUAACAAUCGCAUGUUAAACUAUCAAAAUUUUCUGACAUAUAGCUCUCAUAAUUUGGACAGUUUGAAAUUCUGUAGUUGGUAUCAAAAGGGUUAAAUUUGAGUUGUGUUAGUCUAUCCAUAUCCUCAUCGCUAGGAAUUCGAUUGAAAUCACCAAGAAUAAAAUUCAAUUCUAAAUCGUCAAUUGAGUAAAAGGGAAGCGCGCAACUUAAACAUAUGUUGCAGAUAUCAACUUACGUUUGUUGGCAUGCAAGAGGUAAUUUUACGCAUGAAGUGCGUGCGUGAAACCAACCCCCCCAUGUAAGACAAUUUAGGCCCCGUUUACACUAUACCGGAUUACUUUUCAUACCGGAUUAAUUUUUACUCCGAAGUAAAAAAUCAAGGGUGUUUACACUAUGCCGCUUCGCUCUGUUGCCAGCUCAUGUCUUUCACUGUCGCCAUGGAAACAAGUAACCAAUAUACCAAAAUUUAUUAAAAACAAGAAGUAACACCCGUUUUCUUUGUAAAGUAUAACUUUGUUUAAAAAGAUUGACCACCAGACGUUGGUUCGUUUCGCUCUAAUCCAAAAUUGACGAGUAUUUCUUUAAAUUUUGCUCUUUCGAAAGCGAAAAGUCAAUGUUAUUAACAUUUUCUUUAUUUGUCUUCGGCACAAAUAGUAAAUGGUUGUAAGGCGUAACAAACAACAGCUAUAAAGUAUUGUAAAGCGAGCAAAUAAAGGCGACAAUGUUAAAACAUACACGCCAAAAUCAAUUAUGUACCUGUUUACAUUGCUCCGGCACAUACCGGAUUACUUUUCAUAUCACCUCCAAAGCGGAGUGAAUUUUGCUCCGCGUCGCGUACCGCAUUAGGGAAAGUACAUUUAUUAUGCCGAGGGGGGGAUGAAGAUGUUAAGGGGGGCUCCGAAAUAUUCUCUGGCAUUAAAGGGGGGGCUCUGAAAGUUCUUGAUAUACUGAAGGGAGGCUCUAAACUUUUCAAAGGUUUGACCCCAGCAAAUUAAAGUUAAAAUUUUUACAUCAGUUUCAGGUAAAAUUUGCGUAAUAAAGUAAUUAUUUUUGUGAAAUGAUAACCAUUUUUGUAAAAUACAGUCAAUUUAUAUGCAAUUUGUUUGCGAAAUUUGCUUUAGAAAACGCCAGAAAUUCAGUCUUAGAGCUUCGAAAAUGUAAAAAUUUUCUGGGGGAGGACCCCCAGACCCCCAUUUUCUCCCAAAACUUAGUAUAAGAGUGCCAAUCAAUCACAAAAAGCUUUAUUAUAAUUAUUACACGUAUAAUCCUCUGACAUCCCCCUCCCCCCACCCCAAACGUCAGAUGCUUUGCUACGUCCCUGAUGGUUGUAUUCGAAACCGAUUUCAGUUUUAAGAUAUCCUUAGUCUGCUCUUUUAAAUGGAUACAUGAAAUCACCUAUAGCUUAUUUUAAAUUUUUUUGCGCCAGGUUUGUGAAGUAAUUUACGCAGUAAAAAGCAUAUACAAUUUGCAAGAAUGAUAUGUUCUAUGUUUACGGGAUAUUUCGUACAAACGGGAUGGAAAUUAAAGAAAUUGAAGCAUACUGGCACUUUUGCAUGCAUUUUUGACAGGCAUGCAAAGACAUUUGCAACAGAUGCCGGGAGAUACGUUGGGUGGGGGCAACAUACUGCAAGGUUCCAGCACAUUACCCUGAUCCAGGAAAUCCUGGCCACUACAUGAACGUGUUCAAGACUCCGAAUACGCUGAAUGAUGGACAACAACAACCUGUUGAUAAUUCCACCCCUAGAGCCAAUUUAAAAUGUUUUAAAGACGGUGCCAUUUCAUCUGGCGCUAGUGAGAUGAAAGAAGCAGCAGAUCGGUAGUUUUGUUGAGGAGAAGCACUUCGGUAUAUCAGACAUCUUGAGGAACUGCAAAUUGUAUCUAUGAUAAGAGAGAAUUCCGGAUUGUACUCCUUCGAUUCCGAAAUUUUAAAAACUUCGAGGGGGGAGGGCAUCGAAAUUUACCGAUAACCUCAACAGGGGCCCUGUAAAAAUAUGAGCUUUUUUCAAGACAUCUUCAUCCCCCUCCCUCGGUGUAAUAAAUGUACUUUCCCUUACUGUGGCGUAGUGUAAACAGCAGCCGAAUUCGGUAUGAAAAUCGCUACGCUCCGAUGCAAUCCGUUGUAGUGUAAACGGGGCCUUAUACUUUUAUGAUUUUUAUUUAUUUCAAGAAAACAAGAAAAACAUUUUUUCUUACGUAAUGAUAGAUUAGCCAUAUCGACUUAUAGAUAAGUAGUAAAAUAGUAGGAGUGAUAUACAGAGAUUGGUAAUAAAUACUAAUAAUGACACUUAACUGGAAGGUUUGAACUCAACAUUGUUUAUAUAUAAUCUGUCUCGAACCAACCGAACUCGGUGACCUUGCGCUUUAGCCUUCUUCAUUUCCGGGUAUAAAGUCUGUCUAAUUUUUUCGAUCUCCUCGGGAAAUUGCUCUGCAAUUCCAAUAUGCGAACCUUUUAGUUUUCUCGCAUUUUGUCUGACUUGUUCACGGUCUUGGAAAUAGUUAAAUUUCACAACAAUCGCUCUAGGUUUUCGUUGGCUAACACGUUUCCUUCCGACACAGUGGGAACGAUCGAUCUUUACCUAGUUUCUUGCGUCAAAAAUCUCUAGAUUUUGUUCUAGGAUAUCAUAAAUCUUCUCCGUUGUGUUUUCUUUUUCGUCUUCCUUUACGUUAAAGAAAAGCAGGUUAUCACGCAUCGAUCGCGCUUUAAGGCCGACAACGCUUUCUUGUAGCCGACGGUUUGUAUCUUCUAACUCGCGGAUUUUCCUUCUAUAUUUUCCUCAUCAGUCCGCUUCGUUUUCUCGACUUCAUCUUUCAGAUCGUUAACUUCGGCGUGAACGAAUUCAAUCGAAUCUUUCAUCUGUUUUACAUCUUUUUCAACGCAUAGAAUGCGCUCCUUGAUUUCGUCUAGAGUUUCCAAUUUCACCAUCAUGGAUUUCAUCAUUUCAAACAUUUUGUCCAUUUUAUUCAUAUCUUGCUCUUUUUGAUCGUUUUUUUUUGCUAAAUUCGUCCGUAUUAUCAUCUUUUCUAUUUUUACUCAUUUUUGCCUUAUCACUGGAAGAAAUUUGGGUAGAUUUUGGCUCUUUUUUCGCUGUCUUUCAAAGCAUGUUGUCAACAUGCUUUGAAAGAGUGGAACUCGAAUUCGAUUCACUGAGCUAACGUUAAUCAUUAUCCACAUUAGUCACCUCAUUACUAUGCUGUUUGAGACCAACUUGUUGAACAGUGCCAUUAUUAUUAUUAUCAAUAUUUAAACAGCAUUUUUCUUCAGUACAAGACAUUAUCAAUGAAAUAGCUGUAUAACUACAAGUAAAAAACAAAUAAAAAUUCCAUGCACUAGGAGUCCUACAAACGUGUAAUAAAAAUUUUAAAAUGUUAAUAUGCAUGUUACUGCACCAAUUGCUUCAAACUGCAGCAAUUGCUGUCUCCCAGAUAGGUAAUCUUCAAACCACUCCAAUUCCUUUCCUUUAAUACCGUAUUGGGGUAAUUUGACAAGAAGAGUUGCAUUUUCCUUAGGUCGAUAUAAAUUGCCUCUGUGUAUUGCCCUUUAUAUUAUCCAUACCUUCUCUUAUGCGGUCAGUUAGAUAUGUGAUAGCGUGUUUCGUAUUGUGACCUUUUCUGAAUCCAAACUGGUAAGAGGUGAUGAGGUGAUUUCUUUCUAAGAAUGCAUAGACUUGGUUAUAAACCAUACGCUCCAAGAUCUUCGAUGUAAUAGGGAGUACUGAUACUGGUCGGUAAUUAUCAAAAAGCUCAUGGCUGUCCGCUUUAUGAAUUGGCGUUACUUUAGCUACGUAUCUUCUCAGUUGUAGGAAACGUAGAGGUCACCAAAGAGCAGUUUAUUAUUCUAUCUGAAGGGUCAUUAACACUUGUAAACUCAGGUGCAACUAGUUUUUUAGAUAUGACGUUUUUGUUGUCUAAUUCAUAAUUUUUUGUUUCCUCACUCAUUAAUAAUCAAACAGUUUUCGGUUUGUACUUGAACUGCAUUCGAAUGGGUUGAAAUAGGUUGUUGUUGACAUUGUUUUUGGUCUUGAACAUGGUUGGAGUUAUUCCCAAGGAAUUUAUCUAUACAAGACACUUCCCCUCUAAUUCCACAAUGUGUGAUUUUAAUUUCAAAUUCUCUCUGCUCAAUUUGCAUAACUUUUGUUUACUUGUGUUAAUAAAUUGUUCUUGUUCGGAAAAUUUAGCCAACAGACCUGCUAUUUCCGAUUCGACCUUUUCCUUGAAUGUGAAAAAACGUGCCUCUAUUGCUUCCGAGUUCUCGUCAACACGCUCCUGAAGUGGAGUAGAUUUACAAAAGCUUGAGCAGAAUUACUAGUACAGUCAGUAGCCCGCAUGACACUCCAUUAUAAAAUGAGUUAUCAAUAAAAUCUUCAAGCUCCCUAAGCGUAGAUUAAAUUGGGUAUCAGCAACCGAUAUUACAUUUUCGCUUUCAGACAUGUUAGACAUGUUAGUUAUGUCACCAACGGAGACCGUUGUGUCAUCGGCCGAAUAUUUGUCACCUUCAAUUCGCCGAGGCGACGAUUGGACUUGAAUUGGAGAUAUGGCUUUCGGUUCACAAACGUUUAUCAAAACGUUUAUCUCUCCUUACCCUGGCAUAGAAGCGUUCUUUGUUUUCCGUAAUACCAAGUUACUAUCAAAUCGGACUUGCUGCUUAUAAAUUUCUUUGAAUUGCCACCAGGUGCAGUCCAUUUGCCACUUAAACCAACAAUAUUUUUGAAGAAUUUCUGCAGUUCAUCAUAAUGAUUGUUCCGUUUCAGACGUUUACCGUCGUAAGCAAUGUCACAGUUCUCUUUAUACGGUCGAAAAGCAUCAAAAUUCAAAUUUUCAACACUAAAAUUAGUAGUAAAAUUAUGACCGACCGCCAUGUUUAUGCAUGUUUAUGCAUUAGCAUGUGUUAUCCGGGAUGCAAAAAGACCUACCUCGAAAGGGCCCUGCCUGUUGAGCAGGGCUUGAAAAACUGACAGGUUCAGUUUACAGUGGCUGGAAUCCUGUAUUACAGUCUGGACUCCUGGUCGACAAAGAAAAGUUAAAACCCCAAAUGAUCCGAGCGAGCAUAGAUAUGAGAAUACCAAACCGAUUGAUAAAGCGCAGCCGAUGUGCCCAAGCACCUAGAGUAGAAGAUUUUGAGUAUCAUCUCCACGAUUGCAGAAUAUUCACGAAGUUAGAUCUACGACAAGGCUAUCACCAACUAGCACUCGACCCAGAGACAAGGAAGAUAGCAACAUUCAGCACACCAUGGGGAAAUUACAGACCACGAAGAUUGGUAUUCGGCGCGAAAUCAUCGCAAGACGUGUUUGAUGAAUCGAUGUUCCGAAUAUUUGGAGAUAUACCUCAUUGCCUCAACCAAAGAGAUGACAUCCUCCUCGGCGGAAGGGAUGAGAAAGAACAUAGAAAAGUUUUGAGAGCUGCUCUUCAACGAGCAAAAGACUACGAGGUCAUAUUUGGGCACACCUUCACUAAAGACGAGCUGAAACCAUCUUCGGAGAAGGUUAAAGCAGUAAAAGAAUGCGAAGAACCGAAGAGCAAGGAAGAAGUGCGCAGUUUCCUUGGUAUGACUGGCUACCUCGACAACUUCAUUGAGAGCUACGCAACCAUUGCAGCUCCACUGUGUCAAUUGACAAGAAAAGAGACCAAGUUCCGCUGGGGAAAACAAGAAGAAAAUGCGUUCGUGAAAAUUAAAAACAGCAUCUCGAAAGACACAACCAUGGCAUACUUCGACCCCAAGAGGCAGACUAUUCUACGCACAGAGGAAAGUUUCAACGAAGGACUAGCUGCAGCUCUCCUCCAGAAGACUGACAAAGGCAUGCAACCAGUACACUUCGUAAGUCGAUCCAUGACAGAAACAGAGAAGAGAUAA